AUGGCCUAUUUAAAAAAAUUGUUCCUUAUUCUAUUUUGUGUUCGUCUACCUAAUAAGGUGAAUAAGUAUAUAAAAAAUAUAUCUCUAGCUGAAAAGCAACAGAAGGAAGAGACAUAUCCAAAUGAAGAACAACACACUUAUAGUAUAAUUAAUCUUCUGGAGGAAUUAAAUUUUUUGUCUAUAUCAAAUUUGGAUGAACUAGAAAAACGAAGAAAGGAAACAACUCAAGAGAUGCCGUUGUUGGGAAAUAUUGAUUUAGGAUAUGGAAAAUUAGGGGAAGGAACAGAUUAUGAAAACUUAGAGAAAGAAUUAGGAGCCAAAUAUUUUGGUGUUCAAAAACCAGGAUAUGGACAUAUUGAACAUGAAGAAUUAAGUCAUAAGAAAAUAAAGGAGGAAAAUAUACAACAUGAGUUAUUAAAAACAAUAAAAGAUGAAGGAGAAAUGUUAAAAGCAACUGAAAGAAAGGAUAACGUAGAUAUAAUGAGGACUGUUGGAAGGAGCGAUUAUGAAAUGUUGCCUACUUUUAGUGUAGGACACUAUGACGUAUAUGAUUCUUCGAGAUUAGGAACCCAUGAAUUAUUAGAACGCCCUUUAUGGGAAAACUAUGAUUUAUUUGGAUGUUCUCGAAGAAAAUAUGAAGAAGAAGAAGAAGUUCUAGGAGCAGUUGGAGGAAAAUAUGAAGAAGAAGAAGAAGUUCUAGGAGCAGUUGGAGGAAAAUAUGAAGAAGAAGAAAAAGUACUAGGAGCAGUUGGAGGAAAAUAUGAAGAAGAAGAGAAAGUACUAGGAGCAGUUGGAGGAAGAGAAGAACAAAAAGAAGGAGCACAUAAAGACGUAAAAUAUAAAUAUUCAAAAUAUGAUGAUGAUAGGUAUAAAGGAAAAUAUGAAGAGAAACGAGAUGAAAUAUCUUUUAAACCGCGUUUUAGAACAUGGAGAUCUAGAACUAGGGGUGAAGGACAUUCAACUGAUAAUGUAAUGCCUAUUUCUGAUUCAUCUAAAGGAGCUAUUCCAAAAAAAGAUAGAAGUGUAAAACAUAAUAAAAAAAAUCAAGAAGAUAUUCCAGAAUAUCUAGAAGAAGAAUAUGAAGAAGAUGAUGAAUAUGACGAGGAAGAACAAAAAAAAAGAGUUAAAAAGAAUAGAGAUUUAGGAAAAAAAGACAUAUAUAAAUUUGAAGAAAGUUUAUCUUAUAUUGUUAAUGAUACAUCAGUUAAAAUAAGUAGCGAUGAUGUCGAUGAGUUUAGAAAUGUAAUUAUAACAAGUAAAGAUAUUAAUCAAAAAUUUCAUUUUACUUUGAUUGAGGAAUAUUUAGGUUUGGGCAUAAGUAAAAAGGAUGAUAUUGAAAGAAUGUGUUGUAAAUAUCCUUUAUAUAAGGGUGAAAAGAUUAAUUUUAAAGAUCUUCGUAAUCCUUUUCGUAUUGAACAUCCAUAUUUAAAAGAAAUGGAAAGUAUAUAUGCAUGUGAAAUGUUAUUUUUUGAUGAUUUUCUAUGUGUAGAUUUAAGUAGUUUUUUAAAUGAACAUAUGGUAGGGAAUUUAACAUUACAAAAAAUUAUUAAAAUAUAUAAGGAAGAAGGGAUAAAAUAUUUAUAUUUUAGUGAAGAUACCUUGAAGUUCGUUAAUUAUAAUUAUCAUGACUUUAACUUAUAUAAAUUUUUGAAUUUAUAUAAGAAAAAUUAUUUUGAUAGGGAUGAGCGUGAUAUUUGUGAUUUUUCAACUGAUGAAUUUCCAUUAAUAAAAGAAAAUAACAGGAGAACUAGGGCAAUUUUAUUAGAUUUGAGAAGAAGAAGUCUUAUUCGUAAUUUAACAAAAGGUGAAAAACAACUAUUAAAAAGUAUAAUAUUUGAAGCAAAAAAAUCAUUUUCUUUAAUAAGAAAAAUAUUAGGUAAUUUUACAUUAAUAAUAAAUAAAAUUCGUAGGGAUUAUAGUAAUGCAACAUAUAAUAUAUCAUCUAAUGGUAUCUUAUUACCUCGAGAUGAAUAUUUAUUACAAAGCGCAUAUUAUAUCAUAAAUUAUUGUCUUUCUCUUGUAAAACCAUUUUAUGAUAAAAUAAUAAAGAAAGAAAAAUAUAAUUAUAAAGAAAUUUCACGUUUAUCUGGAACAAUAAACAGUUUAAUAAAUAUUUUAGAAUUCAUUGAACACAAUAGUGCAUUGUAUAAUGAUAUUCUUGAUCGUUGUAAAUGUCUACAAAGUUUCUAUCCUCGUGUACAAUCUGAAGAAGGUUUGAUACGUUUUUACCUUUAUGCUAUAGCAAAAAUUGAAGUAAUAGCUCUGGUUUUUGAUAUCAAUGUUAUAUUAACAAAAAUGCAUAAAUGUGAAAUGCUUGUAAAAGAAUAUGAAAGGUAUACAUAUCCUUCAUAUCACAGAUUAUUAACAAACACCGAAAUUCUAUUAAAUGAUGCUGAAAGGAUAUUAUUUGAAAACAAUUAA